CAGGGAGUGGGAGCCAUGAGUUACGCGUCCACCAGCCCUGGAUCCCUGACCAAGCACAUCUGUGCAAUCUGUGGGGACAGGUCGUCAGGAAAGCAUUAUGGGGUGUACAGCUGUGAAGGAUGCAAAGGCUUUUUCAAGCGGACCAUCAGGAAAGACCUUAUCUACACUUGCCGUGAUAACAAAGACUGCCUGAUUGACAAGCGUCAGCGGAACCGUUGCCAAUAUUGCCGCUAUCAGAAAUGCUUAGCAAUGGGCAUGAAGAGAGAAGCUGUUCAAGAGGAGAGGCAGAGGAGCAGAGAGAGGAGUGAAAAUGAAGCAGAAUCAACCGGCAGCAGUAGCAGCAACGAAGACAUGCCCGUGGAGAGGAUUUUGGAAGCCGAAAUGGCUGUGGAACCUAAAACAGAACCUUACAGUGACACAAGUGCCGACAAUUCAACCAAUGAUCCUGUCACUAAUAUCUGCCAUGCGGCUGACAAGCAGCUCUUCACCUUGGUGGAAUGGGCCAAGCGGAUCCCUCACUUCUCCGACCUCACACUGGAAGACCAAGUUAUCCUUCUCCGUGCAGGCUGGAACGAACUGCUGAUUGCCUCUUUCUCCCAUCGCUCCGUCUCCGUGCAGGACGGCAUCCUGUUAGCCACGGGCUUACACGUGCACCGGAGCAGUGCCCACAGUGCUGGGGUGGGCUCCAUUUUUGACAGGCAUUCUACAGAGAUUGGUUUUCUUGGAGACAGAGUUCUCACGGAACUGGUGUCCAAAAUGAAAGACAUGCAGAUGGACAAAUCUGAGCUGGGCUGCCUCCGAGCCAUCGUCCUGUUCAAUCCAGAUGCCAAAGGUCUGUCCAGCCCAGCAGAAGUAGAAUUGCUACGGGAGAAAGUCUAUGCAGCUCUGGAGGCAUAUACCAAACAGAAAUAUCCUGAGCAACCUGGAAGGUUCGCCAAACUCCUCCUGCGGCUGCCGGCCCUGCGGUCCAUCGGGCUGAAGUGUCUGGAGCACCUCUUUUUCUUCAAGCUGAUUGGCGACACCCCGAUCGACACCUUCCUCAUGGAGAUGCUGGAGACGCCCCUCCAGAUCACGUGA